ACCUUAUAAAGUCAUAAAUACAGCCAUCAUGAGGUGACUCUUUUUGGACUUCUUGCACCUUGACAAACACAUCACAUAAGCCUUUGAAUGAGCACUUCUAUAAAUAUGAAUGGAAUAACGUCACACAUGACAUAUAAGUUAAUGAAACGAUGUCACACAUGACAUAUAAAAUUAAUGAAAUGAUGUCACACAUAACAUAUGACUCGAAGUUUCCUCUAUAAGUAUCACCCACAGUUCUUGAAGUUUAUAUCAAAAUCCACUUAACAUAAGUAAAUAUCUUAAUCACUUAGAAAAGAAGACAAUUUGAAAAUGGCACCACUUCACCGUCAUUCUAGUAACACAUCGACUUUACUCCUCUUUGGAUACCUUUGUUUCUGGGGUUUGUCAUCCACACUAUCAUCAUCAUCCCAAAUAUCAACACAAGAUCUAGAUAAGAUAGAAUCUUUGCCUGGCCAACCAAACAACCCAUCAGUGACGCAAUAUUCUGGCUACAUCAAAGUAAAUGAGUCUCAUGGAAGGGCCCUUUUCUAUUGGUUCUUUGAGGCACAAUCUCAACCCUCAACUAAGCCUCUUGUUCUCUGGCUAAAUGGAGGACCCGGUUGCUCAUCAAUUGGAUAUGGAGCAGCUUCAGAGUUGGGUCCUCUUAGAGUUCGGGAAAAUGGGGCUGGUCUCCGCUUCAACAACUAUUCUUGGAAUAAAGAAGCCAAUUUGUUAUUUGUGGAGUCUCCCGUAGGGGUUGGGUUCUCAUUCACAAACACAUCCGCUGAUUUGAAUGUGCUGGAUGAUGAAUUCGUUGCUCAGGAUUCCUACAACUUCUUGGUUAAUUGGAUGGAGAGAUUCCCACAAUUCAAGUAUCGUGACUUCUUCAUAGCAGGAGAGAGCUACGCAGGACACUAUGUUCCCCAACUAGCCAAGGUCAUUGUUGACCGAAACAAGGAUAACAGAACAUAUGCGCACAUAAAUCUCAAGGGUAUCAUAGUGGGGAACCCGGAAACAGAUGAUUUUUAUGAUUAUAAAGGCUUUUUAGAAUAUGCAUGGAGUCAUACAGUAAUUUCAGAUGAAGAGUAUGAUGUUGCCAAACGAGAAUGCGACUUUCGGAGGGUUUACUGGUCCGAUGACUGCAAUAAGGCCAUGUCUCUUGUCUCCACAAAGUUUAAAGAAAUUGAUAUCUAUAACAUCUAUGCUCCUAAGUGUCUUCUCAAUGAUUCUUCCUCUGGAGCCGGUACCAAUAAUCCCACAUUGAAGAAGGAAGGAAGAAAUGUGAAGGGGAGGAUGAAGAACACUAUACCCGGGGGUUACUCUCCCUGCUAUUCGCCUUAUGCACAGGCUUACUUCAACAGGAUUGAUGUUCAAAAGGCAUUCCACGUGAAUAUCAGAAACCAACCCGUCAACUGGAAUACGUGCAGCCAUCCAGUAUUUUAUGGAUACAACUACACUGACUUCUCCCUGCUGCCCGUUUAUAAAAAGCUAAUCAAAAGUGGACUCAGAAUUUGGAUCUACAGUGGGGAUGCUGAUGGAAGAGUACCAGUUAUUGGGACAAGAUAUUGGAUAGAAGCUCUAAAUAAGCACUCUUCUCAUAAACCCCAAUGGCGCUCUUGGUUCCACAAUCAGCAGGUAGGAGGAAGGAUAGUUGAGUACAAAGGAAUCACGCUUGUGACGGUGAGGGGGGCAGGUCAUCUUGUGCCUCUCGAUAAGCCGA